GAGCUCCGGCAAGGCGGUGACCAACUACUUGGACCACAGCAAGCCGAGCUUGGACAGCCUCGCAGACAUGGUGUUCGGCAGCAUGCGGCAGGAAGGGUCCGAGGCCGCGAUCCUCGUGUGCGACGAGAUCGUCGUGUUGAGGGCGGUCGUCUGGGACUUGGCUCUCAAGAGCUACGUCGGCUGCGCGAAGAAUGGCAAGUUUCUGCUCAGCGCGGAGGAGUACAAGACGACGCAGUUCAAGCAGGACGACUUGGCCCGCCUCGCGAAGUUCACCGCAGUUUUGCCCCUCGGCACUGGGGGCAUCAGGGUAUUGAGCACGCGCCCUGGCAAGGCGACUGGAGCGGACGAGAUGGCAUUCAACGCGGCGAACCUGCAGCGCGCCAAGGAGGCCGCGCAGCGCCAUGGCGUGACCCUCCUCGGCGGCUGCAACGACGGCAUCGCGAAAGAGAAGGCGGGUGGUUUCCUGGUGGGCUUAGAUGUGAAGCGCCAGUCAAAGUGCGGCCGCGGGUCGAUGUCAUCUGGCCGCACCGCGUCGCCUUCAGGCGGAUGGUUGAUCUCUUCGAUUCGGACCUUUCUCCUGGUUGGCGCCCGGAUGGAUUGCGCGCGCGUCGUCGACGUCUUCUCGGACAUCAGGGCGCAGAUGCUGUACAGGGCCUUGCCCCACUUCUCGGCGCUCCUCGGCAGCGGAGUGCCCGUCGCGGAGAUCCUCGGCACGUCGCUCUACACGCGCGCCAUCAUGUGGAUCGAGGUCGGAGUGUUGAGCCAGGUGGGCACGUUCUCUCGGAGGGACCGCAUCCGCCUCGUCAUCUCGGGCACCAUCUUGGCGACGUCGUUCCACAACGCCAGGACGACCAACAUCAAUUUUUUCGGCGACGGCUUGCCA